CGUGAUUUAUAACAGUGACACCGCUAUGAUGUAAACAAUAAACUUAUGUAAGUUGACACGAAAUGUGAGGAAUUCUAACACUGCCAACAUGGAUAAUACAGUGGAUGUUGACAAUAUAUUGACAGAUUUUAAAUCUGGAAAUCUUUCUGCGGAUGAAUGUUUUUGUAUGAUACUAUCUUUGAUUGGAUACGAUGCAGCAAAAACUCAUUUUCUGGCACAUGUAGAAACGCUCAGGAAAGAACAGCCAAAAUUGCAUAACCAACUGUUUAAUGUUUACAGAGGGUAUUUUGAGUGUCUUGAUGAGUGUUUUAACCUCCCGGACAAGUUGGAUUGUUCGGUGGAAAAUGGAUUUUAUGCAACAGACAGCAGUGAGAACCAGGAUAUUGGUUUCGACCUUGAUCUCGAGAUGGCACUGAAACUGUCCUUAGAGAGUGCAGUUGAUACCCCAUCAUAUGCAAGCAAGUUAAUGUCUUCGCAUACAGUUAAUGGUGUCUCAGAUAAAUGUCAUGAGCCCGAGAGAGUCAGGAAAAUGACAUUUUCAUUUACUGACAAUAUGAGCUGUGAGAAAAAAGCCAUUGCCACACAAUCUCUAGACACUGAUUCAUCACAUACAUUUGAGUCAUCUCAGAAAAGUAAGAAAAAGAAAAACAGAAAGAAAUCGAGAGUUGAUAGGCCUUUGUCUAAUGCACCUUUAAUAUACUGGUUUAGAAGAGAUCUCAGACUGUAUGAUAAUCCAGCUUUAGAGUUUGCAGCACUGUCAGGUGCCCCAGUUUUACCUAUCUUUCUGUGGUCAGAUGCUGAAGAAGGGCCAACAAAAGCAUUUGCUAAUGGUGGAGCUACAAAAUAUUGGCUACAUAUGGCAUUACCCACUCUAAACAGAGAUAUGAUUGAUAGGUACAAUAAUCCAAUCAUCUUUAGAAAAUCUACUGAUUACUUGACUGAUAUAGUAGACAUUAUCAAACAAUCUGGGGCAAAAACUUUGGUGAUGAAUGAUGUUUAUGAGCCAUAUUUGAAAGAAAGGGAUGAUAAGAUAUGCAAAGUUUUGAGAAAUAAAGGAGUUAAAUGUGAAAGAUUCCAUUCAUACUUGUUGCACCAGCCAGGUGCAAUAAAGACGGAGUCCCUGUGCAUGAGAGGUAUGGGGUCAGUUACACAUUUUAUGGAGUGCUGUAGACAGUCUGAUCCAGAACCUUUAGGUGUACCAGUGGAUCCACCUAAUAUCUUACCUGUUGGAACUGACAGACCUGAAUCUGUUCCUGUGUCAGAGUUGGGGCUUGGAAGGUUGCCGAAGCGAAAAGAUGGAACAGAGAUAGAUUGGGCAAGAGUGAUAAGGGAAAGCUGGGAUUUUUCAGAAAACGGGGCAUGGGAAGCUCUUCAGCUGUUCCUGAAUGAAGGAAUACGUAAUUAUGAGAAAGAGUCUUCAAGGGGUGACAAAUUGAACACUUGUCGAAUUUCACCAUACCUGCACUUUGGUCAGAUCAGUCCUAGAACUGUGUUGAAUGAAGGUCGUUACUUGAAAUCACCAAAGUUUUUGCGGAAGUUGGCUUGGCGGGAUCUUUCAUAUUGGUUGUUAUCUGUGUUUCCAGACCUCCCUUAUGCACCAACAAGACCCCAAUACCAGCAUCAGAGAUGGAGUGACAACAAGAUCCAUUUGAAGGCAUGGCAGAAAGGAAAUACUGGCUACCCAUUGGUUGAUGCUUCAAUGAGGCAGUUAUGGUUGACUGGUUGGAUGAAUAAUUACAUGAGACAUGUUGUUGCCUCAUUUUUGAUAUCCUACCUUCAUAUUACCUGGGUUGAAGGAUAUCUCUGGUUUCAGGAUACCCUGCUAGAUGCAGAUGUUGCUAUAAAUGCUAUGAUGUGGCAGAAUGGCGGUAUGAGUGGCCUUGACCAGUGGAACUUUGUCAUGCACCCUGUCGAUGCAGCUAUGACCUGUGACCCCAAGGGAGAUUAUGUCAGGAAAUGGAUUCCAGAACUAGCUAGAAUGCCAGAAGAAUUCAUACAUAAACCAUGGAAGUGUCCACCUUCAAUCUUACGCAGAGCUGGAGUCGAGUUAGGCGUUACCUACCCCCACAGGAUUAUUACAAAUCUUGAGGAAGCAAGGGAGCAGUCAUUGAGAGAUGUAGUUGAUGUCCGUCAGAAAUUUGAAGGACUUAUUGACCCGAGAACAGGAAAUGACCUUGUGCAGCUCCCUAAUGGGGUUCUCAUUCCUGUCAUUACAAGAAAGGAGUUCAAAUAUAAAACCAGGAAUCCUGAAUCUAGAGAUAAUCCACACAGUGCCGUUCUUAGAGGGUACCGGAGCAGAAAACGAGAUGAACUCGUUGAAUAUUUGAAUCAAAGAGAUUUCAUGGCAAGUACUAUGAAAGAAUGUUCUAUGAGACAUGAUCGCGGAUUGAAAGCCUCACAGUCCGGAUCGUUUUAUUGAUAUUGAAAGAACUGAUGAGUUUACUGUAUGUUUAUUUUGAAAUAAGAAUGAGUGUUGUGUAUUUGAACAUAAUAAAUUGUUAAAACUGUU